GCUUUCAUUGGCUCUCAUUAGGUUGAAAAAUAAAUCCGCAAAUCCGUUAAGGGUUAUUUAUGUAAAUUAAAAUCCUUUUAACGAAGAAUAAAACUUCUUUAAGAAAGAAAAUGAAAGUGAAAAUGAAGAGAUAGAAAAGUAAAAUCCAUUGCCAUCCUUUUUUAGAAAAUUCUGAUCGAUUCCUUGAGCGAGGACAUUUCUACACAAAAUUCAGCUUAAUCUGGAUUUUGUUAUUUUCUUCUGGGGAUUUAUAAGCAAUUAUAGGGAUCGAUAUCGAUUACUGUGGAAACUAAUUGAUUUUUCAUAGUUGUCGAGUCGAAGUAGAUGGGGAAGGGAGGGGAGGAUUUUGGAAAAGUAGAGAAUUGUAAUAGUAAGUCUGUUAAAAAUAGUGAUGCUUUUACGCCGUGGUCGAAAGAUGUGAAGGAGUGUGAGAAAAAGUAUGGAGUGAGUCGUGAUUUUGGACUAUCAAGUGAGGAGUAUGAAAAGAGGUUGCAAAUUUAUGGAUUGAAUGAAUUAGAACAACACGAAGGGCCGUCGAUUUGGAGAUUGGUUUUGGAUCAGUUUAAUGAUACAUUAGUUAGGAUAUUGUUAUGUGCGGCGGUUGUUUCGUUUGUGCUAGCUUGGAUUGAUGGAGAUGAAGGUGGUGAGAUGGGAAUUACAGCUUUUGUUGAGCCCUUAGUCAUAUUUUUGAUAUUGAUUGUGAAUGCCAUUGUUGGGGUAUGGCAAGAGAAUAAUGCAGAAAAAGCAUUGGAGGCUUUGAAGGAGAUUCAAUCAGAACAUGCUUCAGUUAUUAGGAAUGGGAAAACGGUACCUAGUUUGCCUGCAAAGGAGCUGGUUCCGGGUGAUAUUGUUGAGCUUAGGGUUGGUGAUAAGGUGCCUGCUGACAUGCGGGUUUUGAGGUUGAUUAGUUCAACAUUGAGGGUUGAGCAAGGCUCGUUAACAGGGGAGAGUGAAGCAGUUAGUAAGACUGUGAAGCCUGUUGCUGAAGAUUCAGAUAUUCAGGGGAAGAAAUGUAUGGUUUUUGCUGGGACAACUGUUGUUAAUGGGCACUGUAUUUGUUUGGUUACACAUACAGGGAUGAAUACUGAGAUUGGUAAAGUACACUCGCAGAUUCAAGAAGCUGCAGAAAACGAGGAGGUUACUCCUUUAAAGAAGAAGUUGAAUGAAUUUGGUGAAGCUUUGACCGCAAUAAUUGGUGUUGUUUGUGCAUUGGUUUGGAUGAUUAAUGUGAAGUAUUUCCUUACCUGGGAAUAUGUUGAUGGGUGGCCAAAGAAUUUUAAAUUUUCAUUUGAGAAGUGUACUUAUUACUUUGAGAUUGCUGUGGCAUUGGCAGUUGCUGCUAUUCCUGAAGGUUUACCAGCAGUUAUAACAACAUGCUUAGCUCUUGGUACUCGAAAGAUGGCUCAAAAGAAUGCUUUAGUCAGGAAAUUGCCUAGUGUGGAGACUCUGGGAUGUACAACUGUUAUCUGUUCUGACAAAACUGGUACCUUGACCACCAAUCAGAUGGCUGUGGCAAAGCUUGUAGCCAUGGGGCCGAGGACGCAAAUUACUCGAACCUUCAAUGUGGAUGGAACCACCUAUAAUCCUGCUGAUGGUGUUAUACAUGAUUGGCCUGCUGAUAACAUGGAUCAAAAUCUUCAAAUGAUUGCUAAAGUUGCGGCUCUUUGCAAUGAUGCUGGGAUCGAACAAUCAGGAAAUCAUUUUGUUGCAAGUGGUAUGCCAACUGAGGCUGCGUUAAAGGUUAUGGUUGAGAAAAUGGGGUUGCCCAAUGGGUUACAGCGUGGUUCUUCAAGUUCAAAUGAUUUGUUGUGUUCUUGUAGGGCAUGGGCUACCAUAGAACGCCGUAUAGCCACUUUAGAGUUUGAUCGUGAUCGUAAAUCAAUGGGUGUCAUCGUCUCUUCAGUAUCUGGGAAGAAUUCAUUGCUGGUGAAGGGUGCUGUUGAAAAUUUACUUGAGAGGAGCUCCUUUAUACAGUUGCUCGAUGGUUCUAUUGUAGAGCUGGAUCAGGUUACCAAGAACUCUAUUCUGGAGAGUCUUCACAAAAUGUCUGCCAGUGCUUUGCGUUGUCUAGGAUUUGCAUACAAAGAAGAUCUUGGAGUUUUUGCCAACUAUGAUGGGGAGGAGCAUCAUGCUCAUGAACUUCUACUUAAUCCAUCCAAUUACUGUAGCAUUGAGAGCGAUCUCAUCUUUGUUGGCUUUGCUGGCAUUCGAGAUCCUCCUCGUAAAGAGGUGCGCCAAGCAAUUGAGGAUUGCCGAGCUGCCGGCAUUAGAGUCAUGGUUAUUACAGGAGAUAACAAGAAUACAGCAGAAGCUAUCUGUCGCGAAAUAGGAGUGUUUGAGUCGGAUGAAGACAUCAACUCAAGAAGUUUAACAGGACGAGACUUCAUGAAGCUCAUUGAUAAGAAGAGCCAUCUGAGAAAGACUGGAGGUCUUCUUUUCUCCAGGGCUGAACCUAGGCAUAAGCAAGAAAUUGUGAGGUUGCUUAAAGACGAUGGUGAAGUGGUUGCCAUGACUGGUGAUGGAGUCAACGAUGCACCAGCCUUGAAGUUAGCUGAUAUUGGCAUUGCGAUGGGCAUUUCUGGAACUGAGGUAGCGAAAGAAGCAUCUGAUAUGGUGUUGGCAGAUGAUAAUUUCAGCACGAUAGUUGCUGCUGUCUCUGAAGGUCGAUCAAUCUACAACAACAUGAAAGCCUUUAUCAGGUAUAUGAUAUCUUCGAAUAUUGGUGAGGUCGCAUCCAUUUUCCUUACUGCUGCUUUGGGUAUUCCAGAAGGCCUCAUUCCUGUUCAGCUUCUAUGGGUCAAUCUUGUUACUGAUGGUCCCCCUGCGACAGCUUUAGGAUUUAAUCCUCCGGACAAAGAUAUAAUGAAAAAACCUCCCAGAAAGAGUGACGAUUCUUUGAUCAACGCCUGGAUUGUGUUCCGAUACUUGGUGAUCGGGCUUUACGUUGGGUUGGCAACUGUUGGAAUUUUCAUCAUUUGGUAUACACAUGGCUCAUUUUUCGGCAUUGAUCUUAGCCAGGAUGGCCACACUCUUGUGAGCUAUUCGCAGCUUGCAAACUGGGGUCAGUGCCGAUCAUGGGAUAAUUUCAGCAUUUCACCUUUCACUGCCGGAGCCCAGACAUUCAGCUUUGAUGCCGAUCCCUGUGAUUACUUCCAAACCGGAAAAAUAAAGGCAAUGACCCUUUCUCUCUCUGUGUUGGUCGCCAUCGAGAUGUUCAAUUCGCUUAAUGCUCUUUCUGAAGACGGAAGCCUCUUGUCGAUGCCACCAUGGGUUAACCCCUGGUUACUUUUGGCCAUGUCCGUCUCAUUUGGAUUGCACUUCCUUAUUCUCUAUGUGCCCUUCCUUGCCAAAAUAUUUGGCAUUGUCCCUCUUAGCCUGAAUGAAUGGCUACUUGUGUUGCUUGUUGCUUUACCGGUCAUUUUAAUUGAUGAAGUCCUAAAGUUCAUCGGACGAUGUACUUCUGGAACUCAGAGUUCAAGAUCCCAAAGAACGUCAAAAUCUAAGUCAGAGUGACAAAGAUGUGGCUGUUUUCAGCACGUUUGGGUGGUUCAACGUAGAAGCUUCCAGAGGUUUGGGUAAAAGCAACAAAUUUCAGUUCCUCUUGAGCUUGGGUUGUUCUCAAAUUCUGAAGAUUUAGUGGAUUAAGUAGAAUCUAAAUUAAAAGUAUUUAUAGGAGAUUUUGAAUAGGGGAAGGAACAGUUGUGUUUCAUCUUUUGCUCAACCAAACAUUAAGUUAUGUCAUGUCAUGGCUGAUUUAAAUUUUUGUUUUAACUACUAUAUAAUGUAAGUUGUAUUUUGUUGAACAAGCCUGGAAAUCGGUUCAUUAUUAGCAACAAAGCCUCUUUUUCCUUA